CAUUGAUAUCUGCGGAGCCGAAAGUGAGGUUAAUUCAUAAAUCCUAUACGCGAUUCUGCACGCGAGACCUCAGAAACUUCGCUUGACUCACCUUAAAAAAGUCCAGAAUUUGAUUUUCAAUUUGUUGUUUUCCUGCUAAAUUUGCUAAUAACGUGAUGAAAUUAAAAGAAUUAGAAGGCUACCUACAACAAGUAGAUGGGUUUGAAAACCCAAAAAUUAAAUUGGAGCAGUAUGUUACUUCACCACAUAUUGCAGCACACAUGAUUUAUACAAUGGAUCAAACUUUUGAUGACAUAUGCAAUAAAAUGGUGGCUGAUUUUGGCUGUGGAUGUGGAAUGUUAUCUGUAGGUUGCGGGAUGCUAGAAUCCUCACAAACAUUUGGUUUUGACAUUGAUGAUGAUGCAUUAGAGUUAGCUGCAGAAAACAUCGAAGAAUUCGAGUUAACCUCAAACAUACAACUGCUUCAAUGCGAUGUUCUAUCAAACAAACAACUCUUCUCAUAUUUAUCGUCACGAAGAAUGAUUGACACGGUUGUAAUGAAUCCUCCAUUCGGCACAAAAAAUAACAAAGGUAUAGAUAUGUUCUUUUUGCAACAAGCAGUGAAUGUGGCCCAAGAUGUUGUGUAUUCGCUUCAUAAAACAAGCACGAGAGAUUAUGUAAUAAAGAAAGCCGAAGAAUGGAAUUGCAAUGUGGAAGUUGUUGCAGAACUAAAGUACGAUCUACCGAAAACGUAUCGGUUUCACAAAAAGCAGUCGUUGGAUGUGUAUGUCGACUUUGUUCGAUGUGAACCACUGCGAUGACGAUGCGUUUGUCGCGUUUCUGUCAAAAAGUAAGAAAGGGACACUUGUCUUGACUCAUCGUGGCAUGGCGCAUCUGUUUAUCAUCAACCCCUGAUUAAAAUUUCAUUUGGAGACACGUGUGCACCACCAUAUUUUUUGUUUUUUUGCUUAAAAUUUAUCGGGUGCCUGUGAUUGGAACCAUCCCAACCGAAGCAUUUUUUGAAAUUAGAACUUCGUGCACCACCAUUAAAAAAGAAAGAAAACUUGAUGUCACCAUUUAUUAAAAGGCUGAGAUACACGUGUAUAAUAUUACAUUUCAUGGUAGUUAUGACCAUAAUCAGGAGCGGCGUCACUGGGGAGGCUGGGGGGGGGGGGGGCUUGAGACCCCCACUUUUUUGCUAAGUAAUAAUUUUUUAUUUUCUGCCAAUAAGUGUCUCUAUCACUGCAUGAAAAUUGAUGUUAUCCAACCAGAGAAUCUGCAGGCUAUCUCGCUAAAUAUAGCCAUUUUACGUGUUUUAGGACUCUAAAUAUGCGUUGGCUUCCAGAGCUUUCGCCCCUGGACCCCAGCUGUUUCGGCAACUUGCUUCGCUCGUUGAUUGUCACUAAAAUCCCAAAAUCUACCACUAUGCCUAAGCCCCCCCCCCCCCCCCCACUUUGGAAAUAGUGGCGCCGCCCCUGAUAAUUUAAACAUAUGAGAAAUUAUAUGGGUACUAAGAUAUAGUUAUAAAUUAUAACCUUAUUAUAAACUUAUAUCGGUAUAUAUUUUAUAUUUUAUCUAUAUUAUAAUACCCGUAUACAUCUGUC